AUGGCCACGUCUACGCAAACAACCACCAUCGAGGCCCUCCCCAACGAAAACGUCGAACACCAUGAGCUUCGACAAAUACGCAAGCCUGUGGGCUUCACGCUCGCCAACAAUUCAGCGAAUGGCGAGGAAAGAAAUGGCUCGCCCGCACGAGCAGCAGAUUCUACACUUGCGGCGCAUGAUCAAGAGCAGAGUACCUCGUCAGAGAUAUCACUGCAGCCGUGGCUGAAGAUCUUUGGCGUGGGCUUCUCAUUCUUCUGCGCCGGAAUCAACGACAGCACGCUGGGGCCGUUGAUCCCUUACCUCUUGACCUCGUUCUCCAUCGGCACCGGCGAGGUGGCUAUCUUGUAUGCGUGCUCCUUCCUGGGCUGGCUCAUCGGCGCGCUGACCAACCCCGUCCUCGCGCCGCACCUGGCGCUGGGCCAGCUCCUCUGGGCCGGCGCCCUCCUCCAGCUGUUGGCGCAGGUGCUGCGCCCCUGGGCGUGGUCGGGCCUGCCGGCCUUCGCGGCCUCGUUCUUCCUGCAGAGCCUCGGCACCGCCUACCAGGACGCGCUGGGCAACACCUUUGUCAGCGGCGUCCGCGCCGCGCACAGGUGGCUGGGCUUCAUCCACGCCAUGUACGCGCUCGCGCUGCUCGUGGGCCCGCUGCUGGCCACGGCGAUCGCGUCGAAGACGUCUCGUGGCAGUGGUGGCUUUGUGGGCGGCGAGGAGUCGUGGAAGAGGACUUAUUUUGUUACUGUCGGGCUUGGGGUUGUCAAUCUGGUGUGGGUGAUGAUGGCCUUUAGAGAUACGCUGUGGAUUUCCAGGAGUGAUGGUGUCUCAAGAGGCGGUGAUGAGGAGAGGGCCGGAAGCGCCACGGGGGAGCAGCAACGGGACAGGCAGAAGACGUCCUCUGCUCUGCGAGAUAUGGGCGCCAUGUUGAAGGUGAAGGACGUCUGGCUCAUCAGUCUGUUCUUCUUCUUCGCCCUCGGGGCUGCCCAGACUUCGGGCGGCUGGGUCGUUGCCUACCUUGUUUCCGUGAGAGGAGGAGAUGUCGCCAAAGUAGGUUACGUGCCGUCUGGUCAGGCCGCUGGAACACUCCUAGGCCGCCUCCUGCUGCCGGAACCAACCCAUCGGUUUGGAGAGAAGCGCAUGCUGCUCAUAUACUUUGUCAUAAGCAUCGGCCUUCAGCUCGUAUUCUGGUUGGUGCCCAAUAUCAUUGCCGGUGCCACAGCUUUGAGCAUCAUGGGCUUCUUUCAAGGGCCCUUCUUCGCAACUGGCGUCUCGGUUGCUUCGAAGCUUUUCCCCCGGAAGAUUCAGUCGCCAGCUCUUAGCUUCAUAUUUGUGGUGGCUCAGGCGGGCGCUGCUAUAUUCCCUUCGUUGACGGGGGUAAUUGCCGGGCGGGCUGGUGUGCAGGUAUUGCAGCCAAUCGUGCUGUCGCAACUUGUAGUAGCAACUAUCUUCUGGGCAUUUGUGCCCAAAAUCCAAGAGCGCAAGGAAUAA